AGAAUUUCGUCCAACGCACGCCGACCUUCUUUCUCUUUUCCCGGUUGUCGAGUAAAAAUGUUUUGGAACCCCAAAAAAAUAGUCCACACUGGUCCGCCCUUAUUAGGGUUUGGGUUUAGGGUUUUUCCAUGAGUUUCAUCUUUCCCCAAUUUCACGUCCAAAAUUCUUAGACCUAUGUGACGCCAACUACAGAGGCACCUACAACUGAAGAAAUUGAACAUGGAAGCAAGGGUUGGUGUGGUUGUUGAGGGAGGACAGAGAGCCCUCAAUUCUGCCGCUGUUCAUGGAGGUGUCGUUGAUGCAGGUGCUCGGAAGUUUUUGCACCAGCAUCACAGCCAUAACCACAAUAAACAGCAAUCUUUUAGCCCUCAAUCGCAGAUAGGAACUGUACAGCAGCUGCUUGCUGGUGGUAUUGCCGGUGCUUUUAGUAAGACCUGCACCGCUCCUCUGGCUCGCCUUACUAUCCUCUUUCAGGUUCAGGGUAUGCAUUCUGACGUUACAGCAUUAAGCAAGGCUAGCAUAUGGCAUGAGGCUUCUCGUAUUGUACAUGAAGAAGGGUUUAGAGCAUUUUGGAAAGGCAAUCUGGUUACUAUUGCACAUCGUCUUCCUUAUUCUUCAGUGAAUUUCUAUGCUUAUGAACGCUACAAGAGUUUGUUACAGUCAAUUCUUGGUGUGGAAAAGCAGAGAGGGAGUGCAACUGCAGAUCUUGUGGUGCACUUUGUAGGUGGUGGGUUGUCAGGAAUAACAGCAGCCUCUGCAACAUAUCCACUGGAUCUUGUGAGGACACGACUUGCAGCGCAGAGGAACACAACCUAUUAUAAAGGUAUUGGGCAUGCAUUUCAUACCAUAUGCAGAGAAGAAGGGGUUUUCGGCUUGUACAAGGGACUUGGAGCAACACUAUUGGGAGUUGGUCCAAGUAUAGCAAUAAGCUUUUCUGUUUAUGAGUCCCUCAGAUCUUUGUGGCAGUCCCAAAGACCCAGUGAUUCUACUGUUGUGGUUAGUCUUGCUUGUGGUAGUCUUUCAGGUAUUGCAUCAUCAACAGCGACAUUUCCUUUGGACCUUGUGAGAAGAAGAAUGCAGUUGGAAGGGGCUGGUGGUCGACAACGUGUUUACACAACUGGGUUGUUCGGAACAUUCGGGCAUAUAAUCCGGAACGAAGGGCUGCGAGGCUUGUACAGAGGGAUUCUGCCUGAAUACUACAAGGUAGUUCCUAGUGUUGGUAUUGUCUUCAUGACAUAUGAGACGUUGAAGAUCCUUCUAUCAAGUGUCCCCGCCAGUUGCUAGUUUGGGCAUCUCAGUACUACAUUCUACUUUAAAAAGUGUCGACGAGAGUUAUCUGUUUGGGUAGGUAAAAAUGAAGAAAAGAAGUAUCGAUUUUAUUAUGUGUUAGAAGGUUGGAUUAGAAAUGCUAUGGUGAGAAAUUCCAUGGUGGUAAAUUUUGCGGUUGCUGCCAUGGGACCUUAUAAUUGUUGAUGUAUAGUUAUAUUCUGAAAGUGGCGUAGGUGAGAGAAUUAACACCUAGGUACUUAACAUUUCAUUGGUGAUCACCUCACAAUAACAAUUUUGUUAUCCCAAUGUGUUCAUACUUGCUUCUACGGGUUUUUUUCUCAUUCAA